AUGAAAGGCUUGGUUGGCACUAGGGCGAUUUCGAACCCUCGACCGUGCGGCUACAGCAGCGACUGCGCUACACCCGCCCUGCCUCGUAGUAAACGCCUCGCAGAACAAGUUCGAGUUGCCGGACAGAAACUUGCGUCGCCGACUAAGUUGUGGGAGUUUGGCGGUCGAACAAAUCAACUUCACUGCUCGUCUCGCGAACGCAACAAUUGGCGAUCGGAGAUCAAGAAGAAAGAACGCUCAGAAGAAGCAGGAUCACGCAGAAGAAGUCGAAAGAAAUCAGAAGGAAGAAGAACAAGUUCAUCAGAAGGCAUGAAGAUGCUGAGAGGAACCGAAGACAAGCCUUCGUACUCGCAGCUCGAGAAGCUUCUUUCAGCAAUGGAAGUCAGCAAGGAUCAAUACGAUCAGCUAAGUAAGGACAUGCAAAUGUUCGUGUCCGACAAGAAGAGAUUCAGUCUUGCUGGACAGCAACAACCGCGGUUUAAUCUCCAUAAAGAUGAGACAAGGAUGCAAAUCGUAGGGGAUCGUGGUGAUGGCAUCCUAGCGAAACAACUGCACAAGAUCGACUUCGAGAAGGUAGUCGCAAAUCUGAGAAAGCUGUUUGCAUCCAAGAAGGCGCUGAUUCGACGUACGUACAUUGCGUCCUGGAUAUGUGGCGGCACAUCACGUCCUGGAUAUGUGGCAGCACGGGUACCUCUUGACUGUUCCCCACCGAGCGGAAAUUAUCGCAGAUUUGAAGAAGCAAUACGCAAAGUAUUCAAGAGGGGACUUCGCAGAUGUUUCAAGACUAAGAAGUUGCUGUUGAAGGACAACGCAGUACCUGUUUUCAAGAAGCGACAAGUACCUUAUGCCUCCGUGCCAGACUUGGGUGCUGAAAUUGAUCGGCUGAUUGCCAAAGAAGUGAUCUCACCAGUAGAGCAUUCAGAGUGGGCCACGCCUUUCGUUAUAGUCAAGAAGUGA